CGCUGGUCCCGCGCGGCCCGUGCCUCCUGCGCUGCUGACUCACGCCGUCUCCUCCUACUCCUCCUGCAGCUCGCCCCCACCCACGCACCCUUCCGCCGCGGUCCCGGGGAAUUUCUUUGUGGCGUCUGCAGCUGUGCACGGUCGCGUAUAUAAGGCCACGGGGCGAUCUUUUUGCCAUCCAAGGCCGCGGCCCGUGCAGUGAACGCUGGGACGUCGCCAUGUGGAGGAGCGCACCCUUGACCGCGCCGGCGCUGCUGCUGCUGCUGCUGGCCGCCGGAUGGCCGCAGUCGCUGGCCGCCCCGGUCGCCGCCGACGACCGCGACGCAGUGCCGCCCGCGUUCGCGCUAGAUUUCAUGAAACAGUAUGGUUAUCUGGAUCCAAGCUCACAAGUAUCUGAGUCUCUGUACAAAAAUGAAGACAUGGUUGAAGUCAUCAAACAGGUGCAGAGAUUUGGGGCUCUUAACCAAACAGGCAUUCUCGACAAUGCAACACUUCAGUUAAUGAAAUCCCCAAGAUGUGGAGUUCCUGACAUCAAGCAUACCAACAGGACAAGGAGCAAGAGAUAUAUUGUGGGAUCUGAUGGCUGGAAGAAAAGACAUAUUACCUACUUUAUAGCCAACUGGUCUCCUAAGAUUGGUGAAGAAGCAGUUGUUGAACAAGUUCAGCGAGCAUUUAGCACAUGGGCAGGAUAUGCAAGACUAAACUUCUCACUCAUAGCAGAUCCUGCAGCUGAUAUUAUCAUUGCUUUUGGUCGAGGACCUCAUGGUGAUCCAUUUCCUUUUGAUGGGCCAGGCAGCAUACUGGCUCAUGCCUAUUAUCCAUAUGAAAUGGAUCAGUAUGGUGGAGAUGUCCAUUUCGAUGAAGAUGAAAACUGGAAAGUAAAGUUAGAAGGACCUUAUGAUGAUGGAGUGGAUUUCUUCACAGUUGCUGUACAUGAGCUUGGUCAUAGCCUGGGAUUGGCUCACUCUGAUGUGCCCUCCUCGAUUAUGUUUCCAUACUACAAAGGCUUUCAGGAAUCAUUUCAGCUUGGUUAUGAUGAUAUUCUUGCUAUGUAUGACCUAUACAUUUCUCGUAGUCUGGAAGAUGACAAUGAAAUUAAUCCUGGGGUUGUACCUAGUGGUACUGAUGACAGUGACAGUGAAACUCAGGACAGAGAUGAGGAUAGCAACCACGUCCCAGAUGUGCCAAGCACAGAUGAAAAUAGUUCUGAAGGAGAUGAUGAAACUCAUCAUCCUGUAACUCCCACAGCAGGUAAACCACAGCCAAGGCAGCCAGAUUAUCCCACCAGUACUGGUGUGACAUUUGAAGAUGAUUAUGAGACUGUUGAUGAGCAUCGUGAGCAUGAACGACAUCAGACAACUGAGGCUCCACUUGACAAAUCUGAUCCUUGCCUUGGUAACUAUGAUGCAGUAUCAGUUCUUAGAGGUGAACUCUUCUUCUUUAAGGGAGAGAUGAUGUGGAGAAUGUCAGGUCGAGGUUUAAUUCAGCCAGGAUAUCCUGUGAAUUUUCGGCAUAUGUUCUGGAGAUUCCCAAACACUGUUACAAAAAUAGAUGCUGUGUAUCAGAGGGAUACAGACAGCAGCAUAGUUUUCUUCACAGGAAAUAAAUUUUGGGUGUUCAAUGGUGAAACAUUCAUUGAAGGAAGCCCUCAGCCCAUUACAGCACUUGGCUUACCUGCAUCUCUUACACAUUUAGAUGCAGCCAUGGUAUGGGGUAAAAAUGGAAAAACAUUCUUUUAUAGUGGCGAUCAGUACUGGAGGUUCAAUGAAACAACCAAACUCAUGGAUCCAGGCUAUCCUAAGAACAUCAGCAGAUGGAGGGGAGUUCCCCAGAACUUAGAUGCUGCUAUGACAUGGACAGAUGGUCUUACUUACUUCUUCAAGGACAAACUAUUCUGGAGAUUCAACAACAUGCUAAUUAAGACUGAUGACCAGUACCCACUGCCUGCUCCAACAACGUGGUUCGGUUGUCCACCAUAACCAUUAUUUAAAUAUGAUUUAAAUGCAGCUAAAUAUAUUUUGUUGUAUGUAGGAACUAGAACCACUAGUUUCCUCACACUGUUUAUAAGGAUAUGUGUAGUCAGAUUACAUUUUGAAAUAUUACACAUAUUUCUUACACGCAGCUAUAAUGUGUGACAGAAGAAAAAUUUUCCAGUAGCUUCUUAUUGUAAUAGUAAGACUCAUAUAAUUCUCAUUGUUAAGAUACAUAUCAUACAAAAGACUGAACUUCUAGAUGUAUAAUUGAUGAUACUGUCAGUAAAGAAUUAAGGACUGUAUUUGCUUACAGGCAGUUUUGUGUAUAGCAUUUUGGCAUUAUAUGAAUGUAAAUGAUGAAGUAGAUGCUUAGACAUUUUCAGUGUUGUUAUUUCAAACACUCCAUGAUAAUUCUGAAGUGUGGGUCAAAAAUUUGAAGGUAUCAUUCAUGAAGAAUGUGCUAAUUCAAAAGAUAUAUUUCAGCAUCCUAGUCCUUAUCUCUCUUUAUGGAUAACUGCAAGAAACAAACACAAGUAAAGUUGGAACAUUAGAGGUGAGACAGUGCUGGAGAUUAUUUCUGAAGUUCAUAUUCAAUAGAAAUAAUUCACAAGCUCAUCUUAUUGUAGGGCAGUUUAUAAAAAAAAAAAUUAUAAUUCUAAAGUCUAAAAUUAAAAACACCUUCAACCAUCUAUACUUUGAAUAUAAUUUGUUUAUGCAAUCAGUUUUGGUGUUUCAUGACACCAUCUCUAGGCCCCCUGACCAAUGUGUAAGAGGAAUCCAACCUCAUGUGCAGCUGAAAUGGGGGCCAGUAUUAAGUACCUGAUAGCCAUGGAUUUCUAGUUUCAGUAACAUGAUACCUUCAUUUAUCAGUUGAGUCUUCAAGUUGUUUUUAAUUUUACAUUUUAUAUUGAACUGGCAAAAUUUCUCAGCUAUGUUGUACAAAGAUGCACUUACCUAUUCCCAUUCCAUAUACAAGAAAUGUAACAUAGCAUCUAACGAACUAGUCUUGUGGAUGAAUAGUGAUGUAUUGUCGUCAAAUACUAAAUUGUUUGUAUAUGUUACAACAUGUAAACAGACCAGUGUAAUUCCUAAGGCAACUUUUUUUUU